UCGCGAAAGCACCGUAAACGAAAUACGAAGAAUGAAGCAGAAGAAGAACAAGAUGGGCGCCAGAGCCUCCUCAAUCUCAGUCUCAACGUCAGAGGCACUGCUGGUCCUCCUGACCAUCGGCUUAGGAUUAGCUCUGUGUUUCUCGGUGGCCCAUAACGUCCAUUUCAUCAGCCUCACCUCCCAUCCGUCUCAAGUCCUCGGUCUGAUCUGGGCCUUUCAAUGCCCGACCGUGAUCCUUCUUUACAGCCGAUACAGGAAAGACCCAGAAAGAUGCUCUUACUGGAAAGCUGUAGGACGUGGCGUGCUGGGACUUCCUGCUGGGGCUGUGGUAAAUGCAUUGGGAGCAAUUGCGUUAGGAGCACCUGUUGGCAUUCAGUAUCUGCCAAAGACCAUUAACUGGUCUCUUAUGAUGUCACUGUUCACGAUUGUACCUGCAGCUUCUGUUUUUGGUUCAUCAUGGACAGAUUGGCAACGUUUAUUUGCAUGUACAAAACCAAACGAUCCUGUAGAUUAUAUGAUUUGUCUACCUGCACAUGGAGUUGUAAUUGGGGCUUGGUUAGGGGCCUGGCCGGUACCGCUUGAUUGGGAAAGACCGUGGCAGGAGUGGCCUAUUUGUGUAAGCUAUGGAGCCAUUGCUGGUUACUUGGUUUCUUUAGUGGCAUCAUUCGGAUUUAUACUGGUGCGGCAGCAUGUCAAAGGAGACUAAGAAGUGAGAUGUCCAUAUACUUCUGCUACAAUAUCUUGGGAAGUAAUUUAAUUUUCUCUCUCUAAUGAAAAAUAUUGAUAGAACCAUUGUUUUAUUCUUUAGCCAUUGGAUGGGAUUUAAACCAUGACCUAUCCGAAGUUCCGAACCCCUAACCGUUUCCAGUAUCUCCCUACCCUUUAGUUCCAGCGGUUUGAAGCAACUUCGGUUUGCACUAAAGUUUUGUAAAAGUGAUUUUACAGGAAGAAAUGAGAUGGAAGUGUUGGGAUUGAAAAAAAAAUGAAAAAGAAAAGCGAUCGAACCACAGAA